GGAGUUCUCCAUGCAGUCGUGCGGCGUGUCCGUCGCCGCCGCCGCCUGCGCCGCCGCUCGGAGUCUCGGCUCGGCUUCUUCUGGCGGUGGUGAUGAGGGAAAGAAAAUGGCGGCGGGAAAAGCGAGCGAAACGGAGGAGGACUUUCCGACACUGACAGCCCCGGAGAGGGACACCGUGGCCGGGAUCGACAGCUCACUGUUUGGAUUUCAGAAGCUUCAUGAAGAUGGCGCCAGAACGAAGGCCCUGCUGGUGAAGGCUGUUCGCUGCUACGACUCGCUCAUCCUUAAGGCCGAGGGCAAAGUGGAGCCUGAACUCUUCUGCCAGCUCGGUCACUUCAACCUCCUCUUGGAGGACUAUCCGAAAGCGUUAUCAGCGUACCAGAGGUACUACAGUUUACAGUCCGACUACUGGAAGAACGCUGCGUUUCUCUAUGGCCUCGGAAUGGUCUACUUCCACUAUAAUGCCUUUCAGUGGGCGAUCAAAGCGUUCCAGGAGGUGCUGUACAUCGACCCAGGCUUUUCCCGGGCCAAGGAGAUCCACCUUCGCCUGGGUCUCAUGUUCAAAGUGAACACAGAUUACGAGUCGAGCCUAAAGCAUUUUCAGCUGGCUUUGAUUGACUCCAACCCCUGCACUUUGUCCAAAGCUGAAAUUCAGUUCCACAUCGCUCAUUUGUAUGAGAUUCAGAAGAGAUACCGAGCUUCCAAGGAGGCUUACGAGAGCCUCCUGCAGACGGAGGACCUCCCUGCGCCGGUGAAGGCCACCACCCUGCAGCAACUAGGCUGGAUGCAUCACACGGUGGAGCCGCUCGGGGACAAAGCCAGCAGGGACAGCUAUGCCAUUCAGUGUCUGCAGAAAUCUCUGGAAGCUGACCCCAACUCCGGACAGUCCUGGUACUUCCUCGGCAGGUGCUACGCCAGUAUUGGAAAGGUCCAGGAUGCCUUCAUCUCCUACCGACAGUCCAUCGACAAAUCCGAGGCCAGCGCCGACACGUGGUGCUCUAUAGGGGUGCUGUACCAGCAGCAGAACCAGCCCAUGGACGCUCUGCAGGCCUACAUCUGCGCCGUGCAGCUGGACCACAGCCACGCGGCGGCCUGGAUGGACCUGGGCACGCUGUACGAGUCCUGCAACCAGCCGCACGACGCCAUCAAAUGCUACAUCAACGCCACGCGCAGCAAGGGCUGCACCAACACCGCCGCUCUGACGCACCGCAUCAAAUGUCUGCAGGCUCAGUUGAGUAACCCCCAGCUCAGUAGCCUACAGGGUAAAAGUAAAAUGCUCCCUCUUAUUGAGGAGGCGUGGAGUCUACCAAUCCCAGCCGAGCUCACCUCCAGGCAGGGAGGCCUGAGCAGUGCACCGCAGCAGGCGUGUAAGCCCAACCACAGUGCGGAGGGUGGGGGCCAGUCUCUGCCCCCUCACGCGGGCUCGCUGGGCCAAGCAGACGAUCAGUCCUGCCCAGCCAAGAGGAGGAGAUCCGCCAGUCCUGCCAAGAGCGAUUCUUGGAGCAGUAACCCGCCACAGCAGCCAGCACCCAGCUGGUACCUCUCCCCUCAGAAACUACAGGCGCUGGAACAGCUGCGGAAUAACCGAGCCAACCUGAAGCCCCCACAGCUGCAGAUGUUGGAGCAGCUGGAGUCUCAGCUUGCCGUAAUGCAGCAGCACCAGAUGAAGCAAAAUGCCUCAGGAAGUCAGGUGCGCCCCACUUUCCCCAACGGUCCCAUCUCCAAUGCCCUCCCCUCCCCCAGUCCCAGCCUCCACCCCGCACGACCCCACCCGGGACCCUACCGGCACCUUUGCCCGCCUCAGCCGCUAGCCAACGGGCCCGUGGGCUCCAGGCCACACGGACACUCGGACUCUGCGGGCGUCAGUAGUAACAGUAGUAAUAAUCAGCCCACGGCCACCGGACCCAACAGAGACGUGCCUUACCCGCAAGCUGCCGGCAGCGGCAACGCAGCACUGCUACCUCACUCCUGCACAAGCACGCAAACACAGGACGCCACGCCACACCAGGCCCUGCACCUAAACUCCUCUCAGGGGCUUCAGAAGGAGUGUGUUCCCCAUGCGGCAAGCUCUAACACUGAGGGGCCCCCCUCUCAGCCUCAAACCCCCAACUCUGCCGCUCACCCCAGCAAUCAGGUUGGACAUUCCACGAACGCCCUGUCGUCAUGGCAGCAGCCUCACAACCACCUUCCCUCGCCACCCUCCCUCCCUCUCGCCUCUACCUCAGGUGGUGCUGGACCCAACACGUCCACUACCAAAGAUGGCAACACCGCAGCCAUGACCCUUGGAAACGGGGGCUCAGGCGACAAGACGCCGUUGCCGCCGCCAUCCGCCGAUGGCAAACAGGUGCAGGCAGACGGCCUAGCCAAUCACGUCCACUCUGGGGAUGGUGACAAGGUGGCAGAAGGUGACGAAAAGCCAAGCCUUAGCGCAGACAAUCCCAGGCUAUCUGCCCUGCUGGCGGGGGGGAAGGGCCCAGAGGAGAGCGAGAGAUCGUCAGCAGGGACGGCAUCCACAGAGUUCCAGAAGAAGGUCAACAACAUCCACCCGGCCGUCCUCCCCUCUGUUCCUCAACCGCAAGGAAGCUCAGCUGCCUCCACGGUCACGUCACACAAAUCUUCUGAACACACCCAAACGGGCACCCACAGUCCCCUCAACGCCACAUCCACCGCGCCUGCCGUCAACGGAAAUGGCAAAGGGGGCAUCUCCGAGGACUCCCAAAGCCCUCUGAAGGCUGAGCCGCCCGCUCUCACAGGUCUUAAAGCGACGCCCCCACACGGACACAGCUCAUCCUCGUCGUCGUCCUCCAUAUCCAUCUACCCCAGCUCCACAGACGUUCUGAAGGCCUGCAGGAACCUGGGGAAGAACGGGCUGUCAAACAGCAGCAUCCUCCUCGAUAAGUGCCCCCCACCCCGGCUGCCACCACCUCCCUCGCCAGCCCUGUCCAAAGAUAAGCUGAACCCUCCCACACCCAGCAUUUACCUGGAAAACAAGAGGGACGCUUUUUUCCCACCGCUGCACCAGUUCUGCACAAACUCCUCCAACCCCGUCACUGUCAUCAGAGGCCUGGCUGGAGCUCUCAAACUGGACCUGGGUCUGUUCUCCACCAAGACGCUAGUUGAGGCCAACCCGGAGCACCCGGUGGAGGUCUGGACGCAGCUCUUGCAGCCGGCGGACGAGAACUGGGACCCGACCGGCGCAAAGAAAAUGUGGCGCUGCGAGAGCACCCGCACUGUCACCACCAUCGCCAAAUACGCCCAGUAUCAGGCCGCGUCCUUCCAGGAGUCCUUGAGGGAAGAGAAUGAAAAGAAGGCACUAAAAGAGCCUUUGGACACAGACCCAUCAUCAGCGGACAGUGCUGCGCGAAAAAGAAGAGGACCUUUAAAACACAUCAAAUUUGGAACCAACAUUGACGUUUCAGAUGAAAGAAAGUGGAAACAGCAACUGCAGGAACUCAGCAAACUGCCGGCCUUCGCGCGAGUCGUCUCUGCUGGUAACCUGCUCAGCCACGUGGGCCACACCAUCCUGGGGAUGAACACGGUCCAGCUCUACAUGAAGGUGCCCGGGAGCCGGAUCCCCGGCCACCAAGAGCACAACAACUUCUGCGCCGUCAACAUCAACAUCGGGCCCGGCGACUGCGAGUGGUUCGCCGUGCCGGAGCCGUACUGGGGAGUGAUGAGCAACUUCUGCGAGAAGAACAACAUCAACUUCCUGAUGGGAUCGUGGUGGCCCAAUCUGGAGGACCUAUACGAGGCCGAUGUGCCCGUUUACCGCUUCAUCCAGCGUCCAGGUGAUUUGGUGUGGCUCAACACGGGAACUAUCCACUGGGUUCAAGCUAUCGGCUGGUGCAACAACAUCACCUGGAACGUUGGACCUCUCACCGCCCACCAGUACAAGCUGGCUGUGGAGCGUUACGAGUGGAACAAACUCCAGAGCGUCAAGUCCAUGGUUCCCAUGGUGCACCUCUCCUGGAACAUGGCACGCAACAUCAAAGUGUCUGACCACAAGCUGUUUGAGAUGAUCAAGUACUGCCUGCUGCGGACGUUGAAGCAGUGCCAGUGGGUGAAGGAGGCCUUGGUGUCGGCCGGGAAGGAGACGGUCCUGAGGCCGAGGAGCAGGGACGAGCCAGCCCACUACUGCACCAUCUGUGAGGUGGAAGUGUUCAACCUGCUGUUUGUGCGCCGGGAGCACCUUUCCAGGAAGCAGUGCGCAGUCCACUGCCAGGACUGCGCCCGCAAAGGCAGCGCCACGCUGGACGACUUCGUGGUGCUGGAGCAGUACCGGAUGGAGGACCUGAUGCAGGUCUACGACCAGUUCACAUUAGCCCCUCCUCUUCACUCAUCUUCAUCUUGACAUUAGGCGUCUCCUCAGCCACCGUCUGUUCCGGAGCCAUGAAGCCCAUCGUGUUUUAAGACCCAAAUUUAAAAAAAAACACACGGACCGUUUCUGAUAUUCAGGAAAAGCCAAGGCCGUCUCCUCUUCUUCCCCACUCCAUCACAAACUCCCCUCCAUUAUGGCUGGUCUCCAUAGCAACGGCUGGAGGCCUAGCGCUUGUCUAUGCAACCUAUCCGAAGCACCGGGGGCCUUCCAGAAGAGGGCGCCACCUGGCUCCAUAACGGGACAUUUCUCUAGAGACGAUGUUCCACCCUGUUCUAAUGGAGGACUUAAUCAAAUACGGUUGGGUAGGAGGGAGGGCGGAGCUUAAAGGGUGAUUAAAUCGUUUUGUAGAUAACUCGUUAACUGUCGCAACCCGUGAAAAGACUACUGACUCUGUCGCUCCCGUUCUUUCCUCCUUGGUUUUUAUUUUUUGUAAUAUUCUGGUAACAGGAUGAAAUGUUUUCGUGGAGCUCCUCCAGAUUUUUUUUUUUUUUCCUGUUCUGUCCUUUUAAGGAGCACUAGCCUAACUGGUCCUUUUCUACAGUAGAUGAGACAUUUUUUUAAAAACUCUUUGGACAUUAAAAUAAAAUAAAAAAAGAAAAGAAAAAACGUUUGUAAUGUGAAGAGGUUGGGUAGUUUUUCUUCUGUUUUAACAGCUUUUUAUGUUUGAACUCUUUUGUCUUGUUCUCUGCAAAACUGAUGUAUUUGUUUCUUAGGUUUAAAAAAAAAAACUUAGCCAAGUUACAAGGAAAAUGGGUUGCACAUGCGAAAGUUUAAUUUGUUUUUAUGUUUCUAAUCUUGAUGUAAAUUUACACUAUUUAUAAAUACAUAUUUAUUGCUUGGAAAUAUUUGUCGAUGGAAUGCUGUUAUUUUUUUCCAGAGUACCUGCCAUUAAAAUUGAGGGGUUUUUGUCAUUUUAACACGACCCCUCUUACAUUUUCUAUAUAUAUAUAAAUAUAUAUAUAUAUAAAUAAAAUUGCUUAACAAGCAUUGUACAGAAACAGACAUUUAAAAUUGUUUUAUUGUUUG